AUGCCCCUCGUUUACUAUGCCUUCUGGGCACUCGGCGUUCGAGUCACCGUCAAGGGCAACCCACCACCUCCGGUCAACAAAUCUUCUAGCCAAUCCGGUGUCCUCUUCAUUUGCUCCCAUAGAACCCUUCUCGACCCUGUUUUCCUCUCCACCGCCCUCGGCCGCCCUAUUCCUGCUACAUCCUCCAACUCAGUCUCUAGGCUUUCCGAGAUCAUCUCCCCCAUCAAGACCGUCCGGCUUACUCGAGACCGUGCCACUGAUGCCUCCAUGAUCAAGAAGCUUCUAGAAGACGGCGACCUAGCCAUAUGCCCGGAGGGAACCACUUGUCGUGAACCAUUUCUUCUUAGGUUCUCGGCAUUGUUUGCAGAGUUGACCGACCAGCUCGUGCCGGUGGCAAUGGUGAACAGGAUGAGCAUGUUCCAUGGGACGACAGCAAGAGGGUGGAAAGGGAUGGACCCUUUUUACUUCUUCAUGAACCCUAGCCCUGCCUAUGAAGUAACGUUCUUGAACAAGUUGCCAAAGGAGUUAACAUGUAGUUCUGGGAAGACUAGUCAUGAAGUGGCCAAUUAUAUACAAAGGGUCAUUGCAGCCACUCUGUCCUAUGAGUGCACUACGUUUACUAGGAAGGAUAAAUAUAGGGCACUUGCUGGGACUGAUGGUGCUGUGCCAGAGAAACCUCUGAUCAAAGCCAAGAAAAUAAUGGGAUGCUAGUUUUUUUUUUUUUUUUUUUAAUUUGAAGUUUGGUUAAUUUCAUGCAUGUUUGAACUUCAAUAGGAAGAAAUUAUAGUACUUUAUGUAACAAAGGGGGAAGGAUAUUUGUCCUUCCAACUUGUAUGUUUGUAGGAAUGAAUCUGGAAAUAAAUGCAAAUUUUAUAAGGCUUUGUUUGGACAAGUGGAUUUAAAUUAAAG